CCUAUAAAUAGGUAUUCAAGGCUUCAUGGUUAUCACAGAAGGUUUUUUUUUCCUACUCAUAACUCAAACACAUACCGGCGUGAACUAUGGCUGCUCCCCAGAUCUCCCUUUCCGAGUUGAGGCGAGGACGUUGUGCUCGGAUCGUUGUGACACGCCUGCUCCGAUUUUGGGAAGCUAGGAAUGCUAAGAAGGGCGGUGAACUAAUGGGUCUCGAUAUGCUUCUGUUGGAUGAUCAGUCUUCUCUUAUCCAAGCAUCUGUUUCUGUCCAUCGGCUUAACACAUUCCGAGAACUUCUACGUGAAGGAGCUAUGUAUGAGCUUAGUGGAUUUGAUGUGACUAGAAGCAGCAAUCAUUUCAAGCUUUGUGAUUUUGUUGUGUCUAUCCGGCUGAACGAGUUUACAAAGAUGGUUGAAGUGGCCGCAGUUGAUAAUCCGAUCCCUACUGAGCUGUUCAGGUUCCGAACUCUUGAGGAACUCAUGGCGUUAGCUAACACUAACGUUCAUCUUCCAGACAUCAUUGGUGAGGUUUCUGAUAUCAGGACAACGUACAAUGAUCACGCUCAGACAACUCAGCGAGUGAUGGUUACUAUCAAAGUAUAUAACGAUGCAACUGUGUGCGUCAGUGUUUUCGACAGUGUAGCUGAGCUACUCCACAAGAGGCUGGAGGCUGGUGUUGUCCAACCUAGAGUGAUGGUGGCUACGAACAUCAAUCCUAAGUUUGUAGGAGGUCGACUUUAUCUCAAUGCUAUCUCUGGGACUCAUUUUUAUUUUGACGUGACGGCAAGCCGGACUCUAUUUUGACGUUGUCUUCCAAACCCGACAAUGACUCCACAAGUGGGAAGUCUGCCUGUAGACUGUAUGAGAAAUCAGCCAAUUUACAGCAUGAGACUGUAAGAAGACCAGAUAUAGAUAGGACUAUGUUCACAGCAUGGAUGGUCGCAAAUGAGACUUAUGAAGAGGCCCGAGAGCUAACCUUUGUUGAAUUUCAGAGUAGGUUUACAUACCACAGUGAUGAAAUAAUCUGGACACCAAGACAAAAGGUCACUGCUAUAGGAAGGAUAACUUACAUCCACCCAUCUGCUGGUGAUCUCUAUUACUUGAGGAUUUUGGUUAAUGUUAUACGAGGUCCAUCAAGUUUUGAUGCCCUCCAUACUGUUGGUGAUGUGAUGUUCGAAGAGUUUCGGAAUGUAUGUUAUGCUAGAGGGUUACUAGACGAUGAUAAAGAGUGGCAUGAAGCUGUAGAUGAGGCAUCAUAUUGGGCAACUGGAAAACAAUUACUUCGACUGUUCAUGCGGAUCUUGACCUACUACAAGGUUGGUAACCCUCUAAAGUUGUGGAACCAUGUGUGGAGGCAUUUGGCUGAGGGUAACUAAGAACCAUUUAAGUGGGUCAUUGUCUCCCUUUUGGAGAUCAAUUCACCAGUUUUUAAUAUUUUCCUGCUACGAUGAGUUUAGACUCAAACCUUUCUCUUUUAUGUUUUCAAAUAAUAAAAUAAAAAACCAAAAAAGAGGCAAUUUAAAUUGCCCAAAACAUGAUAACAUGAAAUCUAUAAUUAUUCCUGCUUAAAACAUAUUAUGCAAUUUUUUUAAAAAAACUCGAUGCGAUUAUCCUAAGUGCAACAAUAUAAUUGAGGUUACGUCAUCCCACACAAAUAUCUAAUGUCAGGUUUAACCUAUAUUUAUAAGAUAUUUAAACCCACAACCAUACCUUAAAAGCGUUGACCAUAUGACUCAAAUUCUCUGGAUGAUAAAAACAGAACAUUUUACAUUAUUUGAAAAUGAUAAUUGGAAUUUGAAAGGAAUACAUAACAUAGCUUCUACGUAUUAUCAACCAAAACCAAAAAAAAAAACAUCAGCACAAACUAGCUACCAUGCAAUUGCAGAA